GAUUAAACGGAAAUGGAUAAAGUUAGUCUGUCGGAUAAGAAGUGUUUUCCUUUUGGUUUGAGUGUUCUUGUUUAAAUUGUUCUAUAAAAAUGAAAUGUUUGCACAAAAUGUAUAUUUAUUUGUGGGAAUUUCAGGGGCGUUAGACCCCACACUUAACAUGACUAUGUUGGGUCGGAGUAUCAGCAGUUGCUUUGCCAAUCGACAAUGCCAAUGGUUUGUUUAUGUUUGACACAUACGCCUUGAUAAAACGCUUUAAAUCGUUCGGGGCUGACAUUGUGUUCUAUGGAUGGAAUUUGUUUCACCAAUUUGUGACCUAUGAAACUUAAGAGAAAAUGACUGAAAGUACGUGUAAUGGUUUUCAUUUCCAAGUGGAAUGUUUGUUAACCAUUGUUAGUAAUUUGCAACAUUCAGUGUCAGAUAUUUCAAUAUAAAGGGAAAAGAAUAUUCUGAAAUGUCAAGCUCAAGAAAAUCAUUCAUUGACCGGUUUACCUCGGACUCAAAACAAAAGCCACCUGGUUCGAGAAAGUCCAAGAAAACUAAAGCCUCAAAAUCACUUUCCAGAGAACUACCAAAGUCAGUUCAAGAGAGUCCUGACAGAAAGAAACAGGCACAGAAGUCAAGCAGUGACACUUUGGUUGCUGAUUUGAGAAAAGUUUCAGAAGAAUCUGAAGCCAGUUCAAAAAUUGAUACGAAAGGCUUGUGCUCAGAAGUUGAGGAGAAACCAUGUGAUGGCAAGAAUGCAACUCAAAAGGGAAAGUAUCAUGUGCCCGAUGAAGAAGUUGUAUAUGUAGAAAAAUUUGAUCCAAAUAUUUCAGCCACAUGGUUGCGUCCUGAUACCUCACUUUUGUCAUCUUGUAGUCUGUCAGAUAUUGAUCUACCUGUAUUUGAAUCGCCAGACACUAAGGCAAUCUCAACCAAAGAAUCUCGCUUCAUAUCUACCACUGCCAUACUGCUGAAACAUUCUGAUUCACUAAUGUCGAAGCAAUCUUCCAGUCAUGCUGGCCUAACACGCACUGUUUCCUCAAUUUCCUCAUGCUGCAGCACAGAUUCUUUGGCCGCUGAAAUGGAGUCGUAUAAGCUCGAUGUCUCAAGAAGUUCAAGCAUCAGUGAUGUGGACACUCUGAAGCAUCCUUCCAUUGGUGACAUUGACAUCAGUCAGUGCAGUUCAACAAGCACCCCGAUCAAGUUUGGUCUGUUUGAUAUAGAUGUCAAGGAAAAAGCUCAUGUUCCCAUUGCAAGAAAACCGCCUCCAAAAUUUAGCUUAAUCCGCGAGGUUGCAUCUGAAGAAGUGGAAAACCUGUCAUUGUCUUCCGAGUUCUCCUCUUCUCCAUCAGCGAAAAAAUUUAGAAUGCGAGAAAAUAGGAACAGAAUGGAAGAUUUCUCAGAUGACAUUGAUUCAUAUCGCACAAAGGAAUGUGCAGAAUUAAGCGAUGACCCAGAAUUUCAUGUACCUGCACAUUUUGUGCCAUUGAACAAGCAGUUGCAGAUAGUUACAUCAAUGGAUAAAUUGAUGGACAGAUCUCACAGGCGUCGGUCUCAUUCCCCUCCGAAAUCAGGAGACCCUGUUCACUAUCACUUGACUUCUCGACUUCCCUUUGUCGACUUCAUGAGAUGCAAUGGCCUUUCCUCCUACAUUCACUACCUGCCCGCAGACACGUCCCUCGAGAAAUUCAGGUUGCUAUGCCGACAAGACCUGAUAGAUCAGUACUCGAUUGUGGACCCAAUGCUCCUGGAGAGGUUUCUCAAGGCCAUUAGACGGGCUCGUGAGGCAGACACCACUGAUGAAGAGUCGGACCUGAACUCUAUAGGAUCAGCACCUCACUCUCCAGUCGGUCUGCGACGUUGCCAUGACGAGUACACGAGCCCACUUCAACUCCACGGUGGGAUUCGAAGGCUACAGCGCACACUUUCCGAGGACAACAAACACAGACGGGACAGCAUGCCCUCCACUCCCAUGGGGGCGCCACUGCCAACACUAGGGUUUCACUGCCCACCCUCCUCGCCUAGCCCCCUUGGACACUCUGUAGGAGCCCUGAUAGAGCCUACAAAUCUGAUGAGGAUCAGAAACACGGUCCUAGGUCAGUCUGCGCCAUCCCUCACUGGGGCCAUUGCAGCUGGGAAGGAGCUCAGUUUCUCACGCAGAUCUGGAAGACGUGUGUGCGGGAAGGUGGGCCCCAACAAGUCCCCUGUUCUACAGGCCCGAUGUCCAUCCCCACAGCUCUGCAGUGCUAGCCCCCAUGAUAGUCCGAGAAAUCUGUCCCCCAACACACAUGGAAACUUUCAGUUCCAAAAUGUCAGAAGAGGGGAUGGUAGGCGGUGGUCGGUGGCCUCACUUCCGUCAUCAGGCUACGGAACAAACACCCCUGGGGGAUCCAGCCUAUCUUCUCAGUACUCAAGUCAGGAGCGGUUACACCAGCUGCCAUACCAGCCUACGCAGGAGGAGCUUGGGAAGCUCUACAGACAAAUGUCCACGUACGACCCCAACACUUCCGCGGGAGAGGAAGAUGGCCGCCAGUCCCCGCUGCAGUCUUUCAUGCGACCCAGAUCUCGCAGUCUUAGUAGUCCAGGCCGAUCCCCAGGUGGCGAUUCUGAAAUCAUUCUCAUGAACAGCGUGUACAAAGACAGGUUCCCUAAGGCGACCGCCCAGAUGGAGGAGCGACUGCAGCAGUUCCUGGAGCAGUGUCGACAGUACCAGGUGGAGAGUGAUGCUGUCUCAAGCUUCCUUCUCCAUCAGGUGAUGGAGUUGGCAAAAGACUGCCUUGACAAGUCCCAGGGGAAGCUGAUUACAAGCACAUACUUCUACGAACUCUCUGACAGUCUUGAGAAACUUCUUAUUGACGCUCGUGAACGCUCUGCUGAUGCCUACAAUCUGCUGUACCCGCUCAUCAAGAAGAUACUGCUGAUCAUCUCCAGACCAUCCAGACUCCUCGAGUGCCUUGAGUUUGACCCAGAGGAGUUUUACCAGCUCCUGGAAGCAGCAGAGGGCAAGGCCAAGCAGUCCAUCAAGGACAUCCCUCGAUACAUCAUCAGCAAGCUGGGCCUCAACAGGGACCCCCUAGAAGAACUGGAGAUAGAGAAUCGGGAGAGUGCGGCUGUGGACGAGAGUCUUAAGGAGAACAUCAACCAGGCGGGGCUGUCAGACGCAGACGAGUUUGGUGAUGGGGUCAGAAGAAAGGACCACACUCCGUCGGAGGAUGACUUUGAUGUCAUCAAACUCAUCAGCAAUGGAGCCUAUGCUGCUGUAUAUUUAGUCCGCCACAAAGACACAAAACAGAAAUUUGCCAUGAAGAAAAUUUGCAAACAGAACCUCAUACUUCGUAAUCAAAGGGAGCAAGUGUUUACAGAGAGAGAUGUGCUAACAUUUGCAGACAACCCGUUUGUUGUCAGCAUGUGGUGUAGUUUUGAAACCAAGCGACACCUGUGUAUGGUAAUGGAGUUUGUUGAGGGUGGCGACUGCGCUACCCUCCUCAAGAACAAUGGACCGUUGCCCUUUGACCUUGCAAGACUCUACUUUGCGGAGACCGUGCUAGCCCUGGAGUACCUCCACAGUUAUGGGAUAGUGCACAGGGACUUAAAACCAGACAACUUGCUGAUCACUGCAACAGGUCACAUAAAGCUCACGGAUUUCGGCCUGUCAAAGAUCGGCCUGAUGAGCCUGACCACCAACCUGUAUGAGGGGGCCAUGGACAAGGACUGCAAGCAGUUCAAGGACAAGCAGGUGUUUGGGACGCCAGAGUAUGUGGCACCGGAAGUUAUCCUUCGUACUGGCUAUGGCAAGCCGGUUGACUGGUGGUCCAUGGGCAUCAUUCUGUAUGAAUUUCUGGUGGGUUGUCCCCCUUUCUUCGGUGAUACGCCGGAGGAACUCUUCUCUCAAGUCAUCAAUGAGGAAAUAGAAUGGCCGCAGGAGGAGGAAUGGCAGGUACGUGACGACGCGAAGAGCUUGAUCAGCAUGCUACUGCAGCACAACCCUGUAAACCGGUUGGGGGCGGGCGCCCAGGAGGUUAAAGACCACUAUUACUUCGAGGGUUUGGACUGGGAAGGGCUGCUAAGGAGAAAGGCAGAGUUUAUACCGAGCCUUGAGGAUGAUGAGGAUACCUCGUACUUUGACACUCGUGCUGAGAAGUACAACCACGAGCUGGAGACGGAGGAUACAGACCUGGAUGACUCAGAAGACUCUCUGUUUCACAGCUUCUCCUCCAUGUCCCGCUUCAGCAAGGUGUACUCCAGGAUAGAGGAGCUACAUGAGGAUUAUGGUACAGACCCGCUGCGGGAUCGUCGACGUCACUCGAGUGCCGAUGAGAUGCGAACCCGACUCCUCGAGAAGCAAGCACUUGAACGUAAAGACUCAAACCACUCUACCAGCUCCGAGAACUCUCUGGAGCUCCAGUCUUACAUGGGUCCAGCGAGUGGCGGAAGUGAUGGCGGAGGGGCAAGAGAGAGAACCAUGUCGGAUGGAAACUCGCGUCACCGCACGCUGUCGGACACGACAGAGGCCAAGGCGGAGUCCUCGCACAGCAAACUGGCGGAGGAAGAGGAUGUGUUCAGCAGUGCAGAAAGCACCCCCAGGUCCAGUAUCAGUGUUCAGGGCACGAUGUCCACAUCAGCCUCUGAUUCAUCCCAGACAGAGAGUGAUUCAUCACCCCUCAUUGUCAAGAGAAACGUGCGCUCUUCCGUUAACGUGACCCAAGCACCCAUCCCUCGCGUCGCUGUGUCCUCUGACGAUGAUAAACCUUUAGAGUUGUCUCCCAUGGGUGAGAAUAGAGAACGGCGCGGUGAGGGCAAGCUGAUGCAAAAGUCGGUAUCAGCACAUGCUUUGACUCUGCUUAUCCAAGCCCCUGAGGAGUUCUGCAACCAGUCGUCAAAAUCCCCGGGCUCCAGCACCAGUUCCCGCGAUGGCUCUCCGUCCCGGGACAUGUCCCCCCUGGUGAAGAGUCUCAAGCCCCCAAUCGUGAUUCGUAGGGGCCACCGGGGCUAUGGGUUCACACUACGGGCCAUCCGGGUCUACCUGGGCUCUACCAACACGUACAACCUGCAGCAUAUUGUUGUGGCGGUAGAAGACGGCAGCCCAGCAUUUGAGGCGGGCCUGCGACCUGGUGACCUACUGACCCACAUAAACGAGGAGCCGAUACACAGUCUGCUGCACACGCAGGUUGUACAGCUGAUCCUGCGAGGCAAGGGAGAGCUGAGGAUACGCUGCGUGCCUCUCGAAUCUUCCUCCAUUCAAACUGGUGCUAAGAAGAAAGGAAGUCCGGGCAAGAUGGCACGACGCUCAAAGAAAAAGACGAGCCGGGAGAGGAGCGGAGAGAAGAAGAAGAGUCGCUCGCUGUUCAGGCGUCUCAGUACUAAACGUGCUGAGCAGUCGGGUCAUCUAGCCGGUCAGCUGAGCAGUUCACCUUUGACCUCCACGACCUCUUAUCGGGGGACCAGCCCCUUCAGCAAGUCCUGGUCAUUUGGGGACACUUCGACGACUGUACCGUUCAAGCAGCCCAUCCAGUCUUCACCUCUGUCCCUCACCUGGUCACCUGACUCGGGCCACACGUCAACCUCGUCUAAUAGCAGUUCCCCCAACUCCAGCUCGCCCAACUCCCCCGCGACCCAGGUGCAUGUUGCCUCCUCAUAUGGUCGUCCUAGCUCCCUUACUGGCCUCAAGCACAAGAGGACACAGAGCUUGAAGUCACCGUGUCGGCGUAAAUCCGUGCACAACAUUCCGCUGUCCCCUCUUGCCCGUACGCCUUCCCCCUCUCCCAUGCCCGUCUCACCCACGAGGUCACCCAGCCCCCUGGCCUUGAUACAAGGUCAAGGUCACCACGUGGGGGCAUCUAAUCAGCCCCAAAUGACAAUCCCUUCCCAUCUGCACAGCUCCACCACUAGUCAGGCCCUGGUGAAGAGGCACUCCUUUAAGGGGGAGCAAGGCUCCCCUCUUCUCCGUAGAGCCCUGUCUCCAGACAGGCUGCACCCUAACUCUGCCGAGAAGAAUCAGAAUAGAAAAGCUUCCCUUCAAGACGUGAAAAGCAAGUCUUUGGAUCCGCCAUGAAUAUAUUUCAUUGUUGCAUAAUUAUUUUUAUGUCCCCCACUAUAAUAGAAGGGGAAAUAUUGUUUUUGCCCUGUCUGUUGGUUGGUCUGUUGGUUGGUUGGUUGGUCUGUUGGUUGAUUGGUUGGUUUGCGCCAACUUUAACAUUUUGCAAUAACUUUUGCUAUAUUGAAUAUAGCAACUUGAUACUUGGCAUGCAUGUGUAUCUCAUGGAGCUGCACAUUUUGAGUGGUGAAAGAUCAAGGUCAAGGUCAUCCUUCAAGGUAAGAGGUCAAAUAUAUGUGGCCAAAAUCGCUCAUUUUAUGAAUACUUUUGCAAUAUUGAAGAUAGCAACUUGAUAUUUGGCAUGCAUGUGUAUCUCAUGGAGCUGCACAUUUUGAGUGGUGAAAGGUCAAGGUCAUCCUUCAAGGUCAGAGGUCAAAUAUAUGUGUCCCAAAUCGCUUAUUUUAUGAAUACUUUUGCAAUAUUGGAAAUAGCAACUUGAUAUUUGGCAUGCAUGUGUAACUUAUGGAGCUGCACAUUUUGAGUGGUGAAAGGUCAAGGUCAUCCUUCAAGGUCAGAGGUCAAACAUAUGUGGCCCAAAUCGCUUAUUUUAUGAAAACUUUUGCAAUAUUGAAGAUAGCAACUUGAUAUUUGGCAUGCAUGUGUAACUUAUGGAGCUGCACAUUUUGAGCGGUGAAAGGUCAAGGUCAUCCUUCUAGGUCAAAUAUAUGGUCAAAAUUGCUCAUGUAAUGUAACUUCUGAAAUAUUGAAGCUAGCAAUUUUUUAUUUGACAUGCAUGUGUAUCUCAUGGAGCUGCACAUUUUGAGUGGUGAAGGGUCAAGGUCAUCCUUCAAGGUCAAAUGUCAUAUAGGGGGACAUUGUGUUUCACAAACACAUCUUGUUGUUGUUGUUAUUGUUUUGUACUUUGUGUCUAUAUAAUUCUGUAAAUAUUGUAUAGGAGCAUUACUCUGCUAAAAUGGGCCUUAAUGCAUGUGGCUAAAGUGUUUUUCGAUAUUAGCCUUUGCAGGCUUAUCAGGGAUGACACUUUCAACAUUUUUGGUAGUUUUUGUUUUAAAGGAUGUCUUUUCCUAGUGAAAAUUUAGUUGAGACGUAAUGUGUCGUCCCUGACAGACGGCGCAGGCUAUUCUGGGAAGACAAUUACGCACAUGCAUUAAGCCCCAUUUUCCCAGAUUGAGGCUCAUAUUUAUUUAAGCAAAUAGUCAUUUGGGUGAUAUAUUCUGCUGUUGCUGAGGUGCUCAGUUUCUGUAGAGAAGAGAUUUUUUAGUAUUUAUAUAUGGAUUGAAUAUAAUUCUGCCUUCAGAUGCCUCAGAGCAUUGGAAACAUGUGAAUUUGUUGGUUGUUAUUGCUGAAUAAUCGGGGCCCAUAUUCACCAACCAAUUAGAUGUAAGUCUAACAUAAAGAAUAUUCUGAACAACUUAAAUGAAAUUUAACCACUUAAAAAUUAAGUCUUGCAUUGCAGUUAACACCUAUAAUUAUGUAAUUGUACAUUUAGAACAACUAAAUGAGAACCAUUUGUGCCUGUGUAUAUGCAAAUUAGAAGUUAUUUUGUCCCCCAGUCUAUAAUGGGGAACAUAUUGUUUUUGCCCUGUCUGUUUGUUGGUUUGUUUGCGUCAAACUUUAACAUUGGCCAUAACUUUUGCGAUAUUGAAGAUAGCAACUUGAUAUUUGGCAUGCAUGUGUAUCUCAUGGAGCUGCACAUUUUGAGUGGUGAAGGGUCAAGGUCAUCCUUCAAGAUCAAAGGUCAAAUAUAUGGGGCGGGACAAAUGUUUCACAAACACGUCUUGUUUUUAUUGAGUCUAAGACUAUUUGUAAAUCUUAAGAAUUGGUUGUUGAGUAAGGGCCCUGGUUAGCUUUUUUUUUAUUUAUCGUGUACAACCUCAUAUGAAGUGAAGACAUCAUCACAGCACACUCAUCACCUCUAUUCCUUUAAACAAAUGCUUUAUCCUAUUUAAAUGAAGCUGUAAUUGUAAUAAAAGACAUUUUUAUAUGGCAGUUUAAUGUUCUUUUGGUAUUUUGACUGUCAAAUUUGCUUUUAGAUUUCUGGGCCCAUAGCUCAAAACUUUUAACUGCCAGUAAACUUCAGACCCAAAUAAAAUUAUAUUUAAAAGUUAUUAUCGAACAUUAUCAAAUUAUUUAAGGCAAACACACAUGUGUUUACCAUUAAAACAUAUAUUACAGGGUUAACAACUUAGUCACUUUAAAAAUUUGACCCCCAAAUUAACGGCAGUUUUGAGCGUCAGUGUUUCAGUUAAUUGGAUAUAUGGUGUACUUUUCAUGCUGUCUUUUAUUGCAACUGUCAAGGGAACAGUCUAGUUUGUGACUCAAACAAAAUGGCACUAUAUUAUUUGUACUUUCACUGUUUUUGUUUGUUUUGUUUUGAAGGAUAUGUUUGUUUUAUUUGAUACUUCACAAAUGUUUGUGGACACGUCAAUAAAUUCAUCUAUUUCUUUUUGAUUGUCUGUUAAAAUCUCCAUGUGUUUAUAUCAUCGUUUAAAAACAAUUUCUUACAUCAAAGAUAUGAACAUGCAGUUUCAUUUCUUUUUUCUGGACAAAUUUUCAUAUAAUGUUUUUAACUUCACUAAAACAGUUAAUGAAUUUGCCCUAAACAAUACUUAACAUUUCAUUUAUUAAUUCCUUUAAGUCAUAUAGUACUCAAAAGAAAAUGUUGACUCUGGUAGUCAUUUCACUUAUUUUCUGCAAUAUUUUCUAUUCAACGAUGUUUUUUAUAAACAUUUAUGUAGUUAAUUACUAGGAAUAUGUAUGCUUGUCAAGUAUGCACCAUUUAUGUAAAUCUUUAUUUUUAUACGCCCGUAUAAAAUACGGGACGUAUUAUGUGAAACCCCUUGGCGGGCGGGCGGGCG